AUGGCUUCAUAUCCUAUGCCUACCGACUCCUAUGGUGCGUCUGAUUUCCGGCUGUCGUGGCGCGAGGUUGGUGUUGCGUGUAGAGUCGACAUGAACUCACGCCAGCGAACCUACGAACUUCAGACUUCUCCCACCAAGGCGUUGAGCAGGAUGGAGGUACCAGUUCUGCGCGCGUGUCUGAGGUGUCGCACGCUCAUCAUUAACCAUGAGGGCUGCAAGUACGUCACAUGCCAGUGCGGCGCCACCUUCUGCUUCGCCUGCCUGCAACCGUGGGAUGAGUGCAACACUGACCAUAGCGGGCCCUGCGCUGCGCCAGUUGCACCCCGUCAGGGUUAA